AGUUAUUGUGUAUAUAUAAUUGACAUAUGGGUAUGUGUGUAUUAAUGUAUACACAUUGUUGAAGUGGUGUAGAAUUAAGGGGAGGCUAAGGAGGAAACAACACAAGAAUAGUGGGGGGGACAAGGGGGAUCAGAUAAAGCAGUUGACCCUCGCCCCUUCAAUGACCCGGGAGAUAUCGUUCCACUAAAUUCACUGACGCACCUCCCAGUCGAAUGUGUAGCCUCCUCUACUGUACAUCAUACCGAUCGCUAUUUGUUACUAUGUUCGUCCACUAUAAACACAUGUCAAAACAGGAUAUGCAGCUUUGGAAAUUCCUAGUUGUUUUUUUUUGUUUCAUCAAAAUAAGCCAAUGCGAUGUACAAAAUUCUACCGGAAAAAAUGAUACCGCUGCGCAAAUAGCGCUUGGUGAGAAACGACUUGGGGAUCAUAUUCGCGCAAUCUUAAAGCAUUAUCAGCAAGAUGAUCCAAUAGGAAUACCUGGGGCACCAAUACCAGAUCCCAUGCCAGUACCUGAUAUGAAGCAUUCGUUCUCCAUAUAUACCAUGAACUUCAAGCAAGUGAACGUUUAUGGUCUCUCUAAAUUCCGAAUAGUAAACGCAGAAUCAGAGCUGGCACUGAUGCAAGUUUCGGUGACUUUGAGUAUCAAAAACUUGGAUAUAAACGGAUUUUAUACCCUAUCCGCCUGGCUUUCACGAUCAGCCGGUAACUUCACUGUGAAACUAACAGAAGUGAAUGUAAAAGGAAUUGCUAGACUCGAAGUUACCAAUGAAGGUAAACUGCAAGCACAAAACAUCGACAUGGAUUUGACAUUCGAAAAAAUAGACAUAAAUUUCAAAAAUUUGGGCUUUCUUGGUUCCAUGUUCCAAAGCGCGAUCAAUUCUAUAGGCACCUUCAUUUUCGACAGUAUUAAGCCCUUCAUAUUGAAGGAAGUAAAUACUAACAUACGGGGUGAAAUUAACAAACAAAUCUCGCAACUGCCGCAAUAUUUCCCGAAUUCUAUAUCGCCUUUUGAUAUGGCAAUAGCUGAAGCUCGUAAACAAGUAUCACAAAUGGGCUAUGAUCCGUACAGGGUAAAAGAUUAUAGUCAAACUGUCGGUAUAUUUACGGUAACGUCGACUCAUACUUGGGUCACUGGCCUGGCAAGUUUUUACCGAAUGGGAAACGUUACGUUAAGCAUGGAGAAUAGAACAGUAUACAUCACAGUUGAUAUUGGCACCCAGGAAAUCGAGGGAAAGACUCAUUGGGAAAUAAGUGUGAUUGGUGGUUUCUUAUCUAGGGCUGGUACGGUUUCCUUUACUGUACAAUAUUGUAGGGUUCAACUAAAAUUGAGCCAACCCAUGGAUACUCGGAAGAAACCAGGUAUGGAACAACUUGACCUUGAAUUAGGUAAUAUACAAGCAAGAUUUCAUGGAGCUGGUACAAUCGAUUAUUUGAUUGAGGCAAGCGUUAACAUACUACCAAAUCUUUUAAGGUAUCAGAUAAUGGAUGCUAUAGAAGGACCGCUUAGAAGACGUAUACAAGCUGAAAUAAAUAAAGUGAACGUUGAACAACUGAUUCAUGAUAAAAUUCCUGAUAUAGAAGAACAGGCUAGACAUAUUCAAGGUAUGAUUCCUAUGGAGGAAACAAUUCUGAAAGAGAUAAUACCACCUCUGGAUCAGGAUGAACGACCAUUUUCAGAAAGCGAAGAAAAUCGAGGUCCUUCCUAAAUAUUGAACAAUUAUAAAAUACGCAAAUAUUUAAUUACUUGACAUCUAGAUUUAGAUUUUUUUUUAUCGAUACCAAAGUUAUAGCAAAAAUAUACAAAGAUCGCGAUAAAUACACUGCG